AUGUGGGGGUACUGUUGGUGCAAUUCUGACAUGUCCACUGGAAGUUGUGAAAACACGAUUGCAGUCCUCCUCUGUGACUCUCUACGUUUCUGAAGUCCAUCUCAACACUGUGGAUGGUGCUGGCAUCAAUCGAGUAACUAGAGUUUCUCCUGGACCUCUCCAUUGUUUGAAGAUGAUCUUGCAAAAGGAAGGCCCUCGUUCUCUGUUUAGAGGGCUGGGUCCUAAUUUAGUAGGCGUUGCUCCUUCCAGAGCAAUAUAUUUUGCUGCUUAUUCAAACUGCAAGGAGAAGUUGAACAAUAUUUUCAGUCCAGAUUCUACACAGGUACACAUGAUUUCAGCUGGUGUGGCAGGUUUUACUGCAAUCACAACAACUAAUCCCAUUUGGCUAGUAAAGACACGAUUACAGCUUGAUGCAAGGUAA